GGCCAAGCCAGCUCGAGGGACACAGGUGCUCGCCCGAGCAGUCCCUGGGAGCCGUACUUCUUUCGGCUUCCAUGCAUUUGACUCCCCAUACUGUUGGGGUGCAGUCGUCUCUCCAUCAUGGAUGCACAGAUGCAGGCUGCUAUCGCUGCUUCCAUCCAGGCAGCCAUGGCGUCGGCAACAGCAGCGAUCAUUCAGCAAUUGGACGACGAGUUCACCGCCGUAAACGCCACCUCCAAGGAGCACGACGAGGCGAUUGCCGAACAGAGGGACUCCUUGGCGCAGGCCAUCAAGACGGUCAAUCAGAUGCAAGCAGGAGGAGCAGGAGGAGCAGCAUCGAGUGCAUCGGCAGUCAGUGGAUCCACAAGAGUUGGGUAUUCGAUCUCUGCGGGCAUUCUGCCGAACGGCGCCACGAGAGGCCGUGUGGCAGAUAAGAUCGAGGACAGCAAUCCCAAGUUGAAGUUUGUAGGCACCUUUCCCCGCCCUGUGCUGUAACGAGUUCGUGAAGCGCACUGGCGGCAGCUGCUUCAGCGUUUUCCUCAGCACCUCAGCGACGGUGCCGUCCCCAAGUCCAAUGCAGUCAGCCAGAGCUAUUCCAUCGAGUUCAGCUGUGACAGGGUCGCGCGCGAGUUUGCCCAGGAGUGCAACAGGGUAGGCAUGAGCUGGACCGACCG